AUGACUUUGCCAGCUGGAUUAACAUCUGAUCAACAACAACGAGCAUGUGAACAAGGACAACAUCGAUCUGAACCUGUUCAACGCGCACAGUCACAAUCUAUAAAAACACAAAAUCAAUUACAGUUGGUAGAACCAUCACCAACACAUUUACUGUCUAGACCAGAAAAGCCACAACAGCAGCAACCAAAACAUAAACGAGACAAGAAAAAAUGUCGAGGUGAUCGUAAAGGACAACGGUACAGAGCAAAACUUCGUAAAAGACGUUUGAAUGAGCAACAAAUCGCAAAUUUAGAACAAAAUUAUAAGAACAUGAAACAUAGUACAGAUAUCCAAUCAUCUACUAUUCCUGAAAUAGAUAUUGUAGCUCUUACAGAUAUUCCUGAAAAUCAACAUGCUCUACAGAGAAAAUCUAUUAAGCGUAAACGUGAAACAAGACCAGUUGACAUUACAACAUCCUUAAGUCAAAUGUCAAUAUCAAACCUUCCAAAAAAACGACCACGUUCAACAUCUAUGGCUCGUAUUACAGAAGAGAAAAAUUUGGCAGAAACAGAAUCUAAUACUAAACCCAAAUAUUUAAAAGUACCUGAUCAAGUAUUCAAAAAUAUGCUAUCAAAAUCAUUGGCAGAUGGGAAGUCUAUUGUUGAAACAUUAGAUACACCAGAAAAAUUAGAAUUCAUUCGUAUAUAUGCUCAUUUGCUCAAUAACAUAUUCUAUCUGAAAUUAGAACGCGAUUUUUGGAAACAUUAUCAAACAGUAUGCGUUUCUGAAGGUAUUUGGUCUUCACCAUUACAGAAAGAUAUUACUAAAGAAAAUAAUCUAUGUCGAUUCAAAUUUAAGACGAAGAUUCAACUUGAAAAACACUCAAAAUUGAUUGACAUUCGACUACAAGAAGCGGAAAACAAGUUAAAUAACCAUAUUCAACAGCUCAUUCAAAAUUCAUUUGAUAUGAAUCAAUUAUCAAGUUUGAUGACUGCUUUUGUACGUCAAGGUCAACAUAAAUUAUCCGUCGAAUACAGACAAAAGAAAUCGAUCUUACAAUGUGAUGCUGCUGAUCAUCGCUUAAUUAAAACUUUUUACAGUUUGAAUCCAACUGAAAACCAGAUUUGUUCAGCCAAAGUGAUCUGGCAGGCUACGAAAGAUAAAUUACAAGCUGAAGAAGAAGUAGCCAUUCUUAAACAACGUAUUUAUACGAAACGAUUACCUGCAUCCGAUGCGAUUCUUGAUUACUCCAUUGAUCCGAUAGAGAAUAUGUUAAAACAACCAGCGCUCAAUAAAGAUAAGCGUGCGACAUUAUCAUUUCGUCGACUUAAAACAAUUGCUCAAUUCAAAUACGAUAUGAUGGUCUUGACGAUUGCAACCGCUGAAGAGACGGUUCGAAGUUAUAUCAGCAUCAUCGCUAAUGAAAAGAAGAAAUUAAUUGAUAAUACUAGUGGUGGACAAGUUCCUCUUCCGAAGCCACUCAUUCAACUGAUGAAUGCUAUUACUGCACGUCAAACUAAUAUGGUACAACGUUCUCAAUAUAUUCUACAACAAAAAUUAUCGGUUUUCGACAACGCUCCAGUGGCAGAAAAUAUGGCUGGUGCCACCGGAGCAAUUUUUGAAAAGGAUCUUACAAAAAAUUGUAUUUCAGCUUCUGAUCAACGCGCCAAAAAUUUCUUUACUGAUAUAGAAAAUCUUCUUCGUCGACUCCAUACAAAUAUAUUACCUCCUAAAUUAUUAGCUCGAGCUCAACAUGAACAUCGAAUUAUGAAGAGUACACGACGUCAACUCAAAAAAUCUAAUGUUAUUAUUCGUAUUACGGACAAAAGUAAAGUAUUUCACUUAGGUAGUGUACAAGAUUAUCAUGAAAAAGCCUUACAAUACAUGCAAGAUACUAAUGCCUAUAGAGAAAUAACAAGUGGUAUCAAUCCAUGUCACGAUCAUGUACAAACAGUCUUAGUAUUAAUACAUCCAAUGUUGAAAAAGAGAGAGAUUAAUCUCGAAUUAUGGAAACAAUACAUGCGACCAAAUGCAAUAACAACUGAAUUAGCUCAUCUAUACUUUAUACCAAAGCCACACAAAAUUGAUACACCAUUGCGACCAAUUGUAUCGUCAAUAAAAGCAGCAGCAACUGGUGUUUCACAUUUCUUAGAUCUUUUACUUCGUCCUAUGUUUAAUCGAGUCACAAACGAAACAACAUUUAUCAAUGGAAUUGACUUUGUUCGACAAAUGGAACG